GAACAAAAAAAAUGCCCGAUCCAGCAAAGACCGCGCCCAAGAAGGGCUCCAAGAAAGCCGUGACCAAGACCGCCGGGAAAGGCGGCAAGAAGAAGAGAAAGACCAGGAAGGAGAGCUACGCCAUCUACGUGUACAAGGUGCUGAAGCAGGUCCACCCCGACACCGGUAUCUCCUCCAAGGCCAUGAGCAUCAUGAACUCUUUCGUCAACGACAUCUUCGAGAGAAUCGGUGGAGAGGCCUCCCGCCUGGCGCACUACAACAAGCGCUCCACCAUCACCUCCAGGGAGAUCCAGACCGCUGUGCGCCUCCUGCUGCCCGGAGAGCUGGCUAAACACGCCGUGUCUGAGGGCACCAAGGCCGUUACAAAGUACACCAGCUCCAAGUAAACUGCGCCUCUUUAAAACGAAACAACGGCCCUUCUCAGGGCCACCCACAUCUGAAAAAGAGCCUUUUCUUCAUGUAUUUACCACAUAUUAAGAGAAUAUAGCCAAUUAACAAAGUUGCUAGUUAACGUUU